AUGGCAGACUACGAUAGCGACUCCUCUGAACAGGAACUGACCGAGACUAACGUAUUGCUUGGUUACGCUAGCAAAGAUGCAGACGAGGACACCAUCAGCCGUCUUGGUGGCCAACCAGACUGGCUAAACCCCGAACUGCCUGCCCCGUCUGCCCUCGCUCGCUGCAAGAUAUGCAACGACAUCAUGGUCCAGCUUCUUCAGCUCAAUGGCGAGCUUCCCGAAAGGUUCCCUGGCCACGAACGCCGCCUCUACGUCUUCGCGUGCCGCAGGUCGACAUGCCGGCGCAAACAGGGUAGCAUCCGCGCUGUCAGAGGUGUCAGGAUAUCCAAGGACGCACCCACGGUCGGAGCGAAGAAGGUCGAGACAAAGGCUCCGAAGAAACCGAUCGAGGAGGAGCCCAAGAAAAAUGACGGUCCGGGCCUGGGCAGCGCGCUCUUCGGCGGCGGGGGCGGUGGUAGCUCGGGCGCCGCCAAUCCGUUUGCCAGCAACGCAAACCCCUUUAGUACAGGGGCCUCUUCAAGCAGUCCCUUCAGUAAUGCCGCCCCAUCGUCGAACCCCUUCUCCAAGCCCGCCGCCGAACCUCAGCAGCCCGAGCAAAAGAAAGCCGAGGACCCGGCAGAAUCCCUCCCCAAGACAUUCGCCGAGACCCUCAACCUCAAUAACCCGCAGGAAUCUUCCGGCACGCCCCCUCCACCGGAGCCCUGGCCCCCGGCUGAUGCCCUGCCGAAGGCGUACCCUAUUUCUUACCUCGCGGAUGCCGAGUUCGAGACCCUGGACCCGGAACCCAUGCCCGUCCCCCAGAACGCGCGGAUGGAGGUUGAUAACGAGGGCGGUGCUGGUGCCACGGGUGGCGACAUCAAGGACGUCUUCGAGUCCUCCAUGGACGCCGUCUUCCAGAAGUUCGCGGACCGCAUGGCCCAGAACCCGGAGCAAGCCAUCCGUUACGAGUUCGCCGGCGCGCCUCUACUGUAUUCCAAGGCCGACGUCGUCGGCAAGUCGCUCGGCGGCGGCGGGCGCAUGCCGAGGUGCGGCAAUUGUGGCGCCGGACGAGUGUUUGAGGUGCAGAUGACGCCGCACGCCAUCACGGAGCUCGAGGCAGAGGAGCUCUCGCUCGAGGGCAUGGACUGGGGCACGAUCAUUGUGGGUGUCUGCGAGGCGGACUGCCAGCAGAGAGGCGUCGAGGCCGGUGAGGGCGGCUACCUGGAGGAGUGGUGCGGUGUUCAGUGGGAGGAGCUCUCGAAGCGAUGA